GUCAUCUAGUAUGUAGAAAAAAUAUCUCCUAAUGAAUGGACUGACAAGAUCGGUGCGUUAUUGGACUCGAUCCUUUGAUGUAAAAUUUGCUUGGACUUCAUUUACCAGACUCAACUCUAACAUGAGUUCUUCAGUGACAGAGUUUUCCAUCGGGAGAGGUCAAGCAUGUCCACCAUUAAAGCCGGGAGUUUUACGACUAUACAGUAUGAGGUUUUGUCCCUAUGCUCAACGUACACGUCUUGUACUGGAACAUAAACAGAUCCCUUUUGAAACGGUCAAUGUCAACUUAAAGCGGAAACCUGAUUGGUUAUUUGAAAUGAACCCUAUCGGACUUGUGCCGGUACUAGAAUGGGAUGGGCACGUUCUUCACGAGUCAGCAACGUGCAAUGACUAUCUUGAUGAAGUGUAUCCACGUGAAAAAUUAAAUCCCAAUGACCCUUACCAAUUAGCUAGGGACAGGCAACUAUGGGAGUCGAUGAACAAGUUGAUAAGUUCGUUCUACGAUGUUGCUGGCACACAAGGACAAGAUAAGAAAGUCUUUGAUAGAAUGAUGCGAGCGUUCACUAGGUAUGAGAAAGAAUUAGCUUCGAGGGGACAGGGACCAUUUUUCGGAGGAAAGAAAGUGUGUAUGGCAGAUUUCAUGUUGUGGCCAUGGUUCGAGAGACUUCCGGUGGUAAAUGCUAUUGUACCGGAAACAACUAUAACAGAUUCAAAUUUCCCGCGUCUUUCGUCUUGGAUGCGUCACAUGUAUGAACUUCCGGCUGUGAAAAAGACAAUGUUUGACAGGGAACACCAUGCUCAUUUUUUAAAGUCAUUAAUGGUUGAUAAAAAUCCAGAUUACGAUUACGGACUUGUUCAGUCAUCAAAGUUAUGAUGUGACGUUUUGUUUAUCUUAAUAUAGACUUUUGUAUUUUCGUAUUAUACAAAACUGCCAAUGUGAUACCAAUCUAUAUACAUUGUAUUUAUAUUGAUUUUGUACAUAAUAAAUAUAAAAAAACGAC